GGAAAGCCCAUUAAACUACAUAAGGCUCAGUGGAGUAUCCAGAGGGUAAGAAACCAACAUAAAAUAGAUGAUUAAACACUAAUGUAUUGAAACCUCGGAAUAUUCUCAAUGACCAUUUAAAAAUUAAUUUAUGAUAUUUAAAGUCAAAUAUCCCAAGCUACAAAAUCAACAACUUACCUUUCCCCUAUAUAUAAUCCCCAUUUGCAACCAUCUCCAAGAACUUCUAUCUAAACUCACCAACUCGUCAGACAUGUACACUUCAACUUCCACAUCAGCUGAAACAUUCCCAGGAUUUCUUGGGGAAUUUUACUCUAGAAGAUUGCUAUUACACACCCCUAUUUACCAAUCACCAACCACAGUAGCUCCCCCAUCCCCUGGAAACAACCAUGACCCAGCAGAACCUUACACACGUGAUAACACUUUCGAUGCCAAUGUUGUUAUGGUCCUGUCAGUCCUUUUGUGCGCCCUAAUUUGCUCUCUGGGAUUAAAUUCUAUCAUUAGGUGUGCAUUAAGAUGCUCAAAUCUAGUAUCGUCUGAUCCUGGGAGCAACCCUUCAGCUCGGUUGGCCAACACAGGAGUUAAGCGAAAAGCCUUGAAGACAUUUCCCUCAGUAAUAUACUCAACUGAGCUGAAGUUGCCUGGCUUGGACAGUGAGUGUGUCAUAUGUCUCUCAGAGUUCACACCAGGUGAUCGAGUAAGGCUUUUGCCAAAGUGCAACCAUGGGUUUCAUGUCCGCUGCAUUGACAAAUGGCUUAGCUCCCACUCAUCCUGCCCCACAUGCAGACAUUGCUUGAUCGAGACAUGUCAAAAGAUUGUUGGUUGCAGCCAGACCAGCUCAUCAGAACCUUCAUCACUAGUGCAAGAAAGCAGCAUCACCAUAGCAGCACUAGAACCUGAAGGUUUGAUGCGUAAUUAUAGGGUAAAUGGCUAAUUAGCUAAAUCCAUGUAUUUUGUGUAGAUAGCAUGGCAUGUUAGCUUGAUCCUGAUGGCUAUGCCUUCAAGGUUAGCACUAGAAGGCAUUGAUCAGUUCAUGUUACUGAUCAAAUGCCACCAUGCCAUUCACUAGUGUUAGUUGUAAAUUUCGUAGCAGUAACUUGUUUCAUUCUUUUACCAUCAAUGUGUAAAAAAAUAUUAAAAUGGGAACAAAAAUGAAACUUUAAUGUUUACCCAGCUGAAGCAAGUCAAAAGUUCAGGAUGGCUGAGUAACAGAAUACUAAGAACAGAAACAAAGUAUAAACCAUCCAUUUGUUGAAGUGGUGGGCCAAUCAAUAUAGUCCACUAACAAAUCUUUUAUAGUUUAUAAAUUAUAUGCAAAGAAAUCACCAACUUUUAAUAAUAGUGCUUUCUGCACCAACUUCAUCAGCAAUAUAAAAAUUGAAAUCAGCAUUACAAAAAUAAAAAGCUAGAAAUCUGUGUCAAAAAAAAACAUAAUAUGAAAAUAAUAUAGCAAACAAGACUAUCAGCACCACAACUAUUAUUAAUUUUACUUCCGCAGUCCAAAAAAUUUAUCCUGUACAUAUAAUAGGGAAAUUGCAUCAUUUCUAAUGUUGUUAAGUGUUAACAAACGUUGAAAAUAUUAUUGUGAGACAAAGAAAUGUGCUCUUGACCAGAAAUCAUAAAUCAUAAUAUGUAAAAAAAAUUCAGUCCAAUCAAUAGAAAUAAAAGUCAAGACCAAUGGAAGCUGAGAGUGAACCCACUACAUAAUUUCAUAUCCAAUGAAGUUUACUAUCAGGGUCUUUAGUUUCAUAGUACUAACAUUGAGAAUCUCGUAGCGGACACUGACUAAUCACACCAGACCGGCAGCUGAAAUUUCAUUUGCUAAAACUUCGUGUUUGCUCGUCAUAGUUGCAAGAUGUGGGCCACUUGAUGGGAAGGCAGAGCAUUAGCUCUAAAGUGUAUUUUGCUAGUAAUGCCAUGAUGACUGUGAGUCUGAGGGUGGC